ACGUAAUUUUAUGAAAGAAAGUUACAGCAAUUUUUUCUUUGUUGAAUUUGUUUACAGAAUUUUAGACAGAGUAAUGUUUGUGUUAGCGGGAAGGCUGGUCUGUUCAUAGACUGUAGUCUUGUGAUAUACAAUGCACACCGUAGAUGUUAUUGGGAUUGGCUGUGGAAACGGGAAUAGCUCUAACUGUCCAAAACUUCAUUUGCGCAUGGCAACCACUUCCGGUAUAGGUGACACAAUGUUCAUCUUCGAUCUGUUCCAGAGUGGUUUGAUAUUUUCAGCAUUGAUCGCUGGCCUGCUCAGCAUUUGUCACGUGAUCUAUUGUCGUGCUAUAAUCUGUCGUAAUUCGUCAUUAGUGCUGGUACUCAUUUUUACUGGUUUCUGUCAUAUGAUGGUAUGUGUAUAUUUACUGCAGGUGUCAGAGCAUUCGGCAAUGCUGGAGGUGCCUCGAGGAGGUCAUCAAAACUGUACAGAUUAUUACCUCCCAGCAACAUUAGCAAACACUAUUAGUUUAACAGCCAUUUUACAUAAUUUGAUUAGAUUGAACAUAAAAUCAACAAUUUCAGCUGCUCUAGUUUGGACGGUGUCAGUCGGGAGUAUCAUUUCUGGACUUUUAUGUAUAAUGCGGUUACAUGAGUUUUUUCCACCCAUAAUGCAACAGGAUACAUUUGUUACUAUUGGGAGCACUAAUGAAACCCAUCUUGAUAUAUUUUGGUCAGUUUGCAAGAAAGAGGUCAGUGUUGAAAAAGUGAGGAUGUUCGCAGAAUACGGACUAAUAUAUGCACCUGUUGUCAUCGUCGUCAUCUUUGCAUGGUAUAAAUCGUAUAAAAGGAAUAAAGAUUUAUCAUUGCUGAAGAUACGAAUAAGUGAUACAACGGACUGUCAAGACUGUGCACAUUUCUGUGCUUGCUCAAAACUCGGCCCGUCAUUCGUCGCCAUUUUGGCGUAUUCUGCUGUGAUACUUUUCAUUGCUCGUCCGGCUAUGAUUAUAUAUGCGCACGCAACUACGGGCUACUUCCGGGACAUCCUGCCAAGUCUUCUACAUACGGUGAUGUACUGCUUCAUAUGCUCCGAAUAUCUCUCAAAGGCAUUUAAAUUACAAACAAGAAUUACAAUAGCCGGUACUAAUAACUGCAGUAAGAAAAGUAUUCUUCACGUUUGAAGUGAAAAAGUGGUAUGCUGAGUAUUCUUUACUGAAAUCCAUUGUAAAUAGAUAAACAGUACAAUGUAUAAUGUAUGUGCAAUAUAGCUAUAUAUUAAAUACGACCAUGGAUAUGAUGAAAACGAUUCUGUUGUUACAACACCAGGAGAUUGAUACUGUUCGUUACCAUGAAAACACAACAUCAAUACGGACAUUGUACAAUGUAUAAAAUGUUCUUUUUUCCGUCCUCAAAGUCCUCAAAUGCCGACAGUUGGUAUUUAACAUUUCUAGAGAAUAAGCAUUGUAAGGUCCUGGGAAAUCCAUGUAUACAUUUACAAUACAUGUUCAAUUAAAAGAUAUAGUAGAUUUAUUAUUGUUGUCAUUAUAGAUUACAUAAUACUGCAUGUGCUUGGUCAUGCGUGACCAUUAUUUUCUGAUGUCAAAAUAAAAAUUAUUCUACCAAUUA